CAGCGUUAAGAGGAAGAGGAAACCAAAGUGCACGCCGCUCUCUCGCGGGGGCCCAGUCGGCUGUUACAGCUACUGAAUGGUGGCCGGCAACUAGCCCGAGGGGACACCCAAAAUUUUUGACUAAGGGGCGCGCUGCUGCCGGGAGGCAGCGAAAAAAAUUGCCCAACUUCGUGUGCGUCUCAGCGGUCCUGCUCUGAAGUCAAGAGGCUUUUCGGACGCCCUUGAGUCUGCGCCGGGACCGAUAUGGCUUGGUUCUGUGACUGCGACGAUGGCACGGCCCCGAUGAAGGAGCCGCCCAAGCAGAAGCCGCCGCAGCCCAAGCAGGGCCUGCAGGUCGCAGCCGGCCCUGCUUCUGCAGAACAGAUGCGCAUGCCGCCUUCCGAAGGCGAGCUGGUGCCGGAGUUCUCGGGCCCGCGGCUGGUAAAGGGCUUGGAGGGUCAAAGCGGGGUAGCUUCGAGCUUUACCUCGAUGAGGACGCAAAAUUUCAAUGCCACCAUCGGGCCCGGAGAGCCUAGUUCCUGCUCUCGGAAGAAAUCCUCCAUCGACGACGUCAUUCGCAGAUCCGAACAGCCUGGCCAAGCGGCCAUGAAGGCAUCGUCUCACGAGUCGAGGAGGAGCGACAAGGGCAGCAUCAAGGGUGAAGAAGAGGCGUCACCGGCGGGGAAUGUCCCGGAUAAGGUUGAUGGGCAGUCAGAGAGCAAAAGCAGCGUGAGCCGCACGAGCAGCGAGAAACACAAGCAUCGCAAGUCCCACCGCAAGCACCGCCAUCGCGACACCGAGCCUUGCUGUUGCCCGAUGUACGAGGUGGAGGUGAUCAAGACAGCCGGAGCGGCGGCCCUGGGAGAAAGACAGCGGUACCUGCCAAGCGACAAGCUGGGCAUGCAGGUCGUCACUACCGAGACAGUCACCAAGCGCCUCUACAAAUACAACAUUGACGUUGACCUACCUGAAGGCAUACGCGUCAGUCCUCGUGGUAAGUUGGUCGAAGACCAGGGUGUGUCGGCCGAAGAUGGCGCCUACGACAACAUGCCGACUUAUGGACAGACAUAUUCGCAAUCUCAGCGGCAACAGCUCACGUACUCGCCACAGGACCAAGUGGCGCCGUACGAGCCUCAGCAGCCGGCGGGACGCUAUAUACAGUUUCAAGAGCAACAGAUUUCCACUAACGGUGCGAGGACUGGCAUGAUGCAAGUUUCCAGCUAUGAGAUGCUGCCGUACAGGGCGGCGUCACCGCCGAUGAUGGCGAUGGUGCCCCGGCAAGAAGCAGCGCAGCAUCCGAGAGGACUGAUACAGAUCACUCAUCCCCGUAAGGUCGACUCGCUUGUCUUUCAGUGCAUGUGCGGACAUGCCCGGGGGAGGCGAAAGUCGAGCACUUCCAGUACCACCACGUCGUCAACCACCAAUAGCAAAAACACCAGCAACAAGACGAACAAGACAAGCAGCAGCAGCAAGAGCAGUAGCAAAAAGACGAGCAGCAGCAGCAAGAGCAGCAGCAAAAAGACGAGCAGCAGCAGCAAGAGCAGCAGCAAAAAGAAGGGAAAGAAAAGCAGUACCAGCACCGAUAGCAGCCACAAAAAGAAGAAAAGCAGUACCAGCAGUAGCAGCACCAAGAACGAAGACAAAAAGAAGAGGAACAGAAAAAGUACCAGCAGCAGCAGUACCACAUCCUCCACAAGCAGCUCCUCGAGGAACAAGAAAGGUGACUCCAAGCCUGGCUUCGUACAGGUGGAAAUACAUUGCGAUAGGUGUCGGCUGCGCAAAACGUACCUGGUGUGCAAGGAAUGCUAUAGUCGUCACAAGAUAACCACUUGCAAGGAUUGCAAGGCCCCGGCGGUCAUUCAGUACAUUCGAUAUCCCUCGCAAAAUGCCUUCGUCACUAUGGUUGGCCAGAUGGCGCCACAGAGGCCGGCACUACAGCCUUCGCCUCCACAGGCCUAUGAGCAGCAGCAGCAGCAGCAGCAGCUGCAGCCGUAUGAAGCGGACGGCAUGGCCAGGGCGUUUGCCGACGGGAAUGCCGCGUUAAUAGUUUGUUGCAGCAGCAAGGCAAUGCUGCCGGUGAGCAACAGAGACGUAUAUCAGGAUCCUGGAGCAGCGUACCGUCAGAUGCCCGUCACGAACAACUUAGUGUUGGGAAUCAUCUGCCCAGACGAGGGUAACGAGGCUCAUGAGAGUUCCACCACUUCCUCCUCAACUACCACGACUACUUCGAGCUCACGCACUCCGGUCAAGUCGGGAACGACGAGCCCGACCAAGUCACCCGGCAAGAGUCGAACCAACACCCAUUCCAGGAAUGCAGGGGACGAGCACCGUGGGUCGUCGCUCUGCAAAUGCGGCCACGAUAUCCGAACCUGCAGAGUGUGCCACGACAAAAAGAACAUGCACUAAAUCCAUGCACCGGGCUGGGCAACGUCGUCCGCGCCUUUUCUAUGGUUUUGUGAACUCGUUUUGUGCUACGCACUGUCUGCCAGCAAGAUUGCUAUAAUGAGAACCAUUGGCUAAAGUGUGUCCAUCUCUAAACUCGGGCUAUGAAAUCUAGUGUUAAUGUCUGACGGAAA